UUUAUUCGCCCCCAGAGCAACACUCCAAACGCCGCCCUAGCCGCUGAUAAAAUAUCCUAUUUUUAGAACUUAACCGAUUCUUGACGCACACAAGUCUGUCAAUCACAUUUUCUCCUAUCGGCUAAAUAGUUUGAACAGCUCGGUCCUGAUCGAGCUGAACGAGAUUGAGAAACAAAUUAAUUUUGGCCCAACGACGUGCUUUGAUCAAAAUUAAGCGGGCGCGCAGACCAUCUUUAGUUUUUUUUUUCAAUUAACUCGCACAACCAAUGAUAUUUUGCAUAUAUUUUGACAUAAAAAAAGGACUCGGUGCUUAUUACUUCAGCUUAAAACUAGCCCGUCUUUUUAUAAAGUCCAGCCAAGCGUGGGUGACGCUGGCCACGAAUGAUUCAUACAGCUUAGGCGCCCUCGUUUUGGCACACUCCCUCAAGAGGGUUGGCACCACGCGUCGACUUGUGGUCAUGGUCACAACUGGCGUCACCUUGGUCAUGCAGGAUCAGUUGCGUGCUGUCUUCGACGAGGUGCACUUGGUGGACGUGCUGGACUCAAAGGACGCGGUAAACCUAGCACUGCUGGCGCGCCCUGACCUGGGCAUCACCUUCACCAAACUGCACUGCUGGCGCCUGACCAACUACAACAAGUGCGUCUUCCUGGACGCAGAUACUCUUGUGCUGCAGCCCUGCGACGAGCUCUUCGACCGCGAAGAGUUCUCCGCCGCUCCCGACCCUGGUUGGCCUGAUUGCUUCAACUCCGGCGUCUUUGUCUUCAGACCCAAUGAGGACACCUACAAAUCUCUCCUAUCGCUUGCUCUUUCAAAAGGCAGCUUUGAUGGUGGAGACCAGGGCCUGUUGAACACAUAUUUCAACGACUGGGCCACAAGGGACAUAAACCGUCACCUGCCAUUUAUUUACAACAUGUGUUCGCCGUCUCACUACUCCUACCUGCCUGCAUUCAAACAGUUUGGCGAGGGAGUAAAAAUUGCUCAUUUCAUCGGUCCGAACAAGCCUUGGAGUCAGUACUUUGACAGCGAGACCAAGCAAGUUCGUCCUUCGCCCACCGCGGGACACCUCAAGUACCUGUUCCAGUUCUGGUGGGACCUGUUCUGCGCGCAUGUGCACCCACACCUAUCACCAGACAUGAGCCAUAGGAACCUGAUCUUGCCUCAACUCGCACCUUACACGGCUGACUCGUUUCACCUACCCUCUACAACCCCUAACAACCACCCUGCUCAAAAUGAGUUCCCGAGGUACUCGAUGGACCACUUCAGUAUCCCUCUGAAGCCCAUUAAACCCCCUGAUAUGCAGUUACCACUGUUAGACGCUAUCUUUAACACCCCCCAUACACAAUAUCCUCCACUACAGCAUUUGGCGCCUCAGCAGCCACAGAUUACAGUCACGGCUCCUGAGUGCGAACCAGUUUCAACAGAAAUCGUGCAAAGCGCGUCGCAAAGUCAAAGUAACAGUUCCCAGCACGGCAAUAACCAAAAUGCUUCAAAAGUAGACUCUGAACCAACAAUUCACCCCCCUCCUCCUAACACCCCAACCGAAACUUCUAACAUCUCCUCUGACCUCGUGCCUGCUGGCCAGUCAUUAAACAACGAUCAGCCCGUUGUUGCAAAAUCGGAGGAAUCGAGUGAAGCUGGAUUAGCCUCUGCCUUUUCCCAAAUGAAGUUGGGAGAGCCAUCACCAGCGGCUACAGUUGAGCUGCAGGAGCAUCUACGACGCUCUGCGUGGGAACAAGGCUCAAUGGACUUUAUGGGCGCAGAUGCUUUCGACAAUAUCUGGAGCAAAAUCAUGGACACGGUCAACAAAGGCCCCAAUAAGUAACUGUUGACCACCAAGUUGCCAACCAGAUCAGGGCCUAUGUUGUAAAAUAAGCUUCACUGCACACAUACAUAAUUAUUUUUACUGACGUAUUGUAAUUCAUUUCUAUAAGAGAGAAGCUUUUCUAUUGUGUCGCCUUCCUUGUUUUCCAUCUUGAUUAAUUUUCUUACAACAUACCAAAUCUUCCCCUCCUUGGUGUAUGGUUGUUUUUAAUAAUGUGUUGCCAUCUGUAAUUUCUAGUCUCCAAUUUUUUUGAGUUUGAGAUUAUCUAGAGCAACACUCACUUUGUAAGUUACACAAUGAAUCAAAUUGCCAAUAUAGUGCCAUAUUUUCUGUAAUGAGACUUGAAGUUGGAUUUAUAAAUGUUGUCGCAGUCUAUGAAAAUUUAAAAAUCAUAUGUUGAUUGAAAUCAGAGAAUAUAUCAAAAAGAAAAAGCUUGUUAAACCGG